ACAUCUCAGUUAGGGGUUAAAAUACCCCCUGCCGGACAUCAAAGCAAUUUCAUACCGCAAAUUCGAAGUUGAAAUCUCUCGUUAAGAAUGGAGGAAUAGCAGGUGGUACACUACAUAUAAAUAUAAUGAGAAAAACAAUAAAAACACGUGAUUAAAUGGGGUUCACAAACUUCCAAUACGUGAUUCAAACAAGAUGCGUCUUCUAACUGUCUUGUUCUUCAAUCCACGCGAUAAUUAUGCUCUCACUUUUAUUUUUAUUUUUGUUUCUGGUUUGUUUUGGUUCAAUUAUUUAUGUAUCUUUAAUAGUAUAGUUAGUGGAAAAACUAUAGUAUAAGAAUAUUAUAUAAUGUGUCCUUUUCUUACCAUUAUUUGUUAUUAUUGUAAGAGAGCAAGUGUGAACGUGUAUCCUUAUAUUACAAUAUUCAAAUAUUAUCAAUUUGGUUCAAUUCAUCUCUCUCCCACUAUCCCAAAGAUAUCCAUCCAUUUUUCUUCCAAUGGAUCAUCUUGAAGCUUUCUGGUGGUUGAAGUCUUUUCAUGUCUAUUCUAUUCUUAUCUUGAUAAUAUUUUCUUUUUUCUCUGUUCUUAUCUUCUAUAUAGUGAGGAUAAAACUUUGGUGCAAUUGUGAAAUUUGUCAUGCUUAUAUCACAACAAGUUGGUCUUCAAAAUUCAUCAAUUUGUGUGAUUGGUACACAUAUCUUCUUAAAAAAUCACCGACAAGAACAAUAGACAUACAUGUUCUUGGAAAUAUUAUCACUUCAAAUCCUCAGAAUGUUGAGUACAUGCUAAAAACAAGAUUUGAGAAUUACCCAAAGGGGAGAACUUUCUCCACUAUCUUGGGUGACUUUCUUGGUAGAGGAAUAUUUAAUGUUGAUGGGGAUUUAUGGAAAUUUCAAAAGAGAAUGUCGAGUCUUGAACUUGGGAAAGUGUCCAUAAGAUCAUAUGCAUUUGAAGUGGUGAAAAAUGAGAUUGACAAAAGGUUACUUCCACUUUUAGAUGAUAAACAAGUUGGGGUUCUUGAUUUUCAAGAUAUUUUUAGAAGAUUUUCAUUUGAUAGUAUUUGUAGAUUCUCUUUUGGAUUGGACCCGAAAUGUUUGGAAUCUUCACUACCCAUCUCACAAUUUGCUCUUUCCUUUGACCUAGCGUCAAAUUUAUCAGCUAAAAGGGCCAUGACUACUUCCCCUAUUGUUUGGAAAAUCAAGAGAUUUUUAAACAUAGGAAGUGAAAAAAAGUUGAGGGAAGCUAUAGAAGUGAUCAAUAUUCUAGCACAAGAAGUCAUAAGGCAAAAGAGAAAAUUAGGUUUUUCAAAUCACAAGGAUCUUCUAUCAAGAUUCAUGGGAUCGAUAAGUGAUGAAACUUAUUUGAGAGAUAUUGUCAUAAGCUUUCUCCUAGCCGGUAGGGAUACUAUAGCAUCCGCGCUGACAAGCUUCUUCUAUGUGAUCGCGAAUCAUCCAGAAGUGGCUAAAUCCAUCAGAGAAGAAGCUGAUAGAGUCCUUGGUCAGAAUAAAGAUUUUACAAGCUACGAACAAAUGAGUGAGCUUCACUAUCUACAAGCAUCUAUUUAUGAAAGUAUGAGACUUUACCCUCCCAUACAAUUUGAUUCAAAGUUUUGUUUAGAAGAUGAUAUUUUACCUGAUGGUACUUUUGUGAAAAAGGGUACGAGGGUUACUUAUCAUCCUUAUGCUAUGGGAAGAAUGGAAGAAUUGUGGGGUUGCGAUGCUUUGGAAUUUAAGCCAGAAAGAUGGUUGAAAGAUGGUAUUUUCUUCCAAGAAAAUCCAUUCAAGUAUCCAGUUUUUCAAGCUGGACCUAGGGUGUGUUUGGGGAAAGAAAUGGCACUUGUUGAGAUUAAAAGUGUGGCUCUCUCUUUGCUAAGGCGAUUUCAUGUCGAAUUAGCUCAACCAUAUCAUCACAACCCUCGAUUCUCUCCUGGCCUUACGGCCUCUUUCAAUGGUGGCUUACUAGUGUCAGUGCGAGAAAUAAGUCCAUAAGUUGCAUACAUGGAUUCAGACUGAUCAUUGAUCGAUUAUAUAUAGUCAAAAGGAAUUCCAUGUGUAUAUAUAUCAUUCGAGUCAAAAGUAGGUAAUACAGUUGAACCUGAUGAACUCGCUCUUGCUGAAGUAGUAGCUUAACUAUAUGUGGUAUAGCAUAUUCAAGCAACCCUAAUCUUGGAAGGCCAAUAUUAGUUCUUUUUUGUGGAAUUGAACCAUUUCAUGGAGGAUGAAACUUAUCUCAGAUAUCAAGUUAGAAGUUUUUCCCUCCUUUAGGUAAGGUUUUUUUUUUUUUUAAUGGUAUUGCAUAUCCAAAUAGUAUUUGAUUUUUCAAGUAGUUCUUUUUCCAUUAUUAUACAAAUUAUGUUUGAUUAUAGCUAGAUUUUGUUUAAGCUAAGUUUCUCUACAUAUGUAUUGCUUCUUGAAUUGAUGUAGAAGAUAUAUGUGUAUUGCUUCUUUAAAUAUUGUAGUAGUACAUACAUGUUGCUUCUUGAAAUGUUGUAAAUUAUCUUCUUUUUUUUUCAUCAAUGAAUUAUAUGUACUCCAUCUUCUAUUU